GAUGCAUUGCUGGGCGCCUAUCGAUCAAGCACGAUUAAUACAAACCAAAACUGCUGCCAGCAAGCACCGCUUUGGCUAAUCAACUAGCUUCCCUUGUCAUGGUCACGAUUAAGUAGUGAAUGAUUGUGAACCAACAUUCUAUUUUCCGAAACGGAACAUGGCGGUCAAGGGGUGUCUCCAUCGGACAGCCGCUUCAGCAUAUAACCGUCGAGUGGGGCAGCGCUGAGUCCGAGUCCCAUCUUAACUGUGCUUCACGUUCGCGCGAUGUCUCACAAAAGAAAAUCGACGUCUGACCCAAACAAUCGUAUUGUAAAGUGCCCCACCCCUGAGCCAUCUUGUGAUGAUCCGCAGUCACCGCAUGCCUCGGCUCCCUCAUUUCAAGUUCCCCAGAGCUAUCUUACCAAUUCUCAGACUCCUCAAAGCUACGUCAAUAUCCCUCACGGUCGGUACGAUGGAUCAGCAGCACCACCUCCCGAACUCCCUUGGAUCAUGCCCACUUCAGGACCUUCUGAUAAUUCUCGAAAUUAUAUUCAGCGCUGGUUGCCUGUUCCAAAACGCACGACUGCAUCGACUGCACCAUCUUUGAGUGAACCGUGGCUGCACACUUUGGUUUCUUCACCUCAAGUUCCCCAUAUUUACGGUUCGCAGGCCCGCCAAGCCCACGACAGUAUUCGCCACGGUCAAGAGGAAGAACCAGCGGGGUCCUAUCAUGGGCUUUUUCGAGUUGCACCCACACUGCAUUCUUCUGGUGAUCCACGGGAUUCACAUUCUCAACAAGAUAUUGGGGGGGAAUUUCCCCAUCUUAAUAGUAUCUAUCGAUCACGCACGCCCCUUUCCGAACGGUCUGUUUCGACUAUUUCCGCUCGGUCAUUCCAUGAUGAUUCGGCGAUGUCACCCUUUCCUCCCUCCUCGCCGGGAAGUAUCGAGACGCCCCGUGUAACACCCGGUAUCUAUACCCUACGAGACAACAGUACAAGAUUCCGGCCACAACUGGAACAUCGAGGCACGGACUUUGUUUCGCCUCCCUUAUCAGAGCCGUUGUUACCAUCGCCGACCGGUCCCACUGGCAGUAGAAAGAAAUCGGUCUUUGGCGCCACGAGGAUCCUUCUUCAGACCGCAGCCUCCGCUCUAAAGAUGAGCCCCGUUCCGGCGCUUCUCGCCAACAUCCCGGACUUACUUCUCACAUUGCUCCAAGUUUUCGAGGUCGGGAUGCAGUUUUCUCAAUGACGGGAAACUCUCAGUGAACUGAACGAGGAGGUACAAAAAGCCUACAACACCAUUUUGCGGCCACUCCAGCUGUGGACUGGCCAGAUAUCUCCAGAAGUCGAUUCACUGAUCAAGGAGUUUCACCGGGCCUUAGAAGACCAAAAUGGACAGAUCAGGUCACUGAAGAGUCAAGGCCUUAUAAAG